GCGGGGGCAGCGACGGCGCCUGGCAGCUGGAGCGGCGGCCGCGCCAUGUGGCUGCUGGUGCCGCUGUGCCUGCUGCUGAGCGGCGCCGCGGAGAGCCAGCUGCUCCCUGGGAACAACUUCACCAACGAGUGCAACAUCCCGGGCAACUUCAUGUGCAGCAACGGGAGGUGCAUCCCGGGUGCCUGGCAGUGUGAUGGGCUGCCCGACUGCUUCGACAAGAGUGACGAGAAGGAGUGUCCCAAAGCCAAAUCGAAAUGCGGCCCGACAUUCUUCCCCUGCGCCAGCGGCAUCCACUGCAUCAUCGGUCGCUUCCGAUGCAAUGGGUUUGAGGACUGUCCCGACGGCAGCGACGAAGAGAACUGCACAGCAAACCCUCUGCUUUGCUCCACCGCCCGCUACCACUGCAAGAAUGGCCUCUGUAUCGACAAGAGCUUCAUCUGCGAUGGGCAAAAUAACUGUCAAGAUAACAGUGACGAGGAAAGCUGUGAAAGUUCUCAAGAACCAGGCAGCGGACAGGUGUUUGUGACUUCGGAGAACCAGCUCGUGUACUACCCCAGCAUCACUUACGCCAUCAUCGGCAGCUCCGUCAUCUUCGUGCUGGUGGUGGCCCUGCUGGCGCUGGUCCUGCACCACCAGCGAAAGCGGAACAACCUCAUGACACUGCCCGUGCACCGGCUCCAGCACCCUGUGCUGCUCUCCCGCCUGGUGGUCCUAGACCAUCCCCACCACUGCAACGUCACCUACAACGUCAACAACGGCAUCCAAUACGUGGCCAGCCAGGCCGAGCAGAAUGCGUCAGAAGUGGGCUCCCCGCCCUCCUACUCUGAGGCCCUGCUGGACCAAAGGCCCGCGUGGUACGACCUCCCUCCGCCACCCUACUCUUCCGACACGGAGUCUCUGAACCAAGCGGACCUGCCCCCUUACCGCUCCCGGUCGGGGAGUGCGGACAGUGCCAGCUCCCAGGCAGCCAGCAGCCUCCUGAGCGUGGAGGACACGGGCCACAGCCCGGGGCAGCCCGGCCCGCAGGAGGACACUGCCGAGCCCAGGGACUCUGCGCCCAGCCGGGGCACUGAAGAAGUAUGAAUUCCAGUUAUUCCAAAGUCCAUAUGGGUUAAUCUGCUCUGACUUGUUACCAUUCUAACAACCUGUGUGCGUGGGAAGCUCUUUUAGCACCUGCAAGUGUGUCUCAAGUUGCAGUUCGGAGUGUCAGCUCUCUCUCCAGUCCCCUCGUCCCCGAGAUUUCAGGGGUGUGUUUUAGAGGGCGACUUGGCAUUUCUCUGGCCCUUCUGUUGACAUGAUCUGUUGUGCAUCUUUUCUGGGAGGUCACUCUUCCUUCGAGACCCAGGAUCACAGCCUCACGUUUCACAUCAUUCUUCCGUUUCUGUUGGGCAGGCGGCAGGACAGAACGGGAUUUAAGUAGAUUUGCAGAAAGCGGUGUUUCUGUGCCGUGUUGGAUGCUCAGAAGGGCAGAAGACACCGGACCAGACUUUCUCUGCUGGGCUGCUGCCUUACCACGUUUUGGGAUUUAGGUUGGAUGACUACCAGGAGGCCAUCACCGCCUUACGCGAUCCUGUAUGCUGCCCUGGCUUCAGGGGAGGCAGUUGACAAAGAAAACUUUUGACAUGAGAAACACCCUUCAGCAAUCAGCAGUGUCAUUUGGUUUUGUGGAGGACUCUGAAACUGUCUACCCCAGAUAGAUUCUGACUUUAGAAUUUUGCCCGAGAGUCUUCAUUUUGAGAGCUUUCUCCAGCAGUGUAUCUCAUCAGCCUCAUCCCAGAUCAGGCAGGGAGGCCCUGCCAUGGGUUUAUGCAAGUUCUCAGCUCCUGAAAUGCAGGCUGCCGAGAGCUUUGGCUUCAUAGUCGCUACCCUGGUUUCUGGACUGUCACCCUCCCAGCCGACCUACCUGUAGCCAAGGAAUAAGGACCUGACUUGUGUUGACCAAAAAUCGGAUCUGGCCCUUUGUGCCUGUAAACCACACCCAGCCCAUCUUGCUCGUUCAUGCAGCUUUGACACUAGCCUCCGAAGUUCCCUUAACACUUACAAGUUUUUUUUACCUGUGCAUUUGGACUUGAGGACGCCGGUUUCUAACAUACGUGAGAGCCAUGUUCAAUACCUCCUGUGAGAGCCCCUGGCUCCCUGCACUGCGCAAGCUCCUCUUCCCAGGGUCCCAGGACCAGCACCCCUCAUUACGAUUAGACUUAGGGUCAGGGUUAGAGUUAGGGUCAAGGUCAGGGUCAGACCCAUCCUAACAUCCCAGUAGUUUCUCCUCUGAGACACAUGGGUAGUAGGCAAUUUGGAGUCAAGAUUUUCCAUUUGGAUUUUUAAAAAAAUCUUUUAGAAAUGCAUUUGAAACAGUGUGUUUGUUUUUUCCCUUCUAGUUAAGGGACUAUUUAUAUGUGUAUAGCAAAGCUGUCUCUUUUUUUGUUGUUCCUUUAGCAAGGUCCAAAGAAAGAUGCAAAAGGAGAUGACGCCUUUGUCCCGCCGAGCCCCAUGAUAACAAGUCACUCCAGACUAACCUGUGUGCCAGACAUCUGUGCGUUGUUGCACUUGAGGUUAUUAUUUAUCGAGUUCUUGAAGGAUGCAGAAAGAGGGACUCAUCUCUCCCUCAGUCCGUAGUUUCUAUGUCUGUGCCUCUUUCUCUGUGCCCAGCCAGCCACAGGGCCCACCUCCCUGAGGGAAGAAUGGGUAAAAACUUAGGCAUUAUUUGGCAAAAAACCACCCUGACAGAUGAGAGCUAAAACUGGAACCAGGUGGAGCCACUCCGGGCAGCUGUCACCCAUUCAAGGUUUCUUUCCACAGCCGCAGAAAUGUUCAGUAACCUGUUUGAUGCUAAUUAAAACAGCCUGCAGGAAGGGGGAUGAAGUGGCAUUCAAUGAUCCUGUUCUGUAGACUUUUCUUUUUUUAACCAAAUCCAAAGUUUGUUACAGGAAAGUUAGCCACUUGGUCUUUUGUUGUGUGUGGUUUUUUUUUUUUUUUUUUUCCAAGUAAAGGAAAAGAACCUAGUUGCUUGUAUCUUUCAUUUUUAAAAUAGCACUUGAGUUAUUUUCUGAGUAAUCCAAUAAAGAAAGAACUUUGAUGGCAGCCAGAAUGUGCUGAGAACUCUGGCUGAACAUUUCAUCUCCUGUGAGUCAGAAGGGCUUUAUUUCUCCCUUUGAUGGGCCCUUGCUUCUUUCUGGUGCUCUGGAAGUUGUUUAGAGGAAAAGAUUCUAAUUUUAAUUAAUUGUGCAGUGAGUUAAUCUCACGUGCUUUUCUGCGUCCAGGCAUCUUAGGAAAAACAAAUGGUUUUAGUAGAUAAGGGAAACCUAUUAAUGUUGUUUUUUAAAACAAACACAGGGACAUUUUUAUUAUAGAUUUGAUUUUUUUAAUGAAUGUUUUGAAAAAUAUAUAAAUAGGACACCAAAGCUGCAGGGUUUGGCGUGUUUUUUUUUCCCUACUCAAGAUGGCAAGUAGGUGGCCAGCAAUAUUUUUUAACUCAUUUUAACCAGGAUUGUUUUAUACGUUGCUUCAAUCUGCGCCAACCAGAAAAUGAUUUCUGCUCUCUUUUCUCAAAUGAGAUCAGCAGUUUAUUUUAGCAUUAAAACAGUUUCACUGUGAUCGCUAGCUUGUCAACCCCUUCUUCUCAACCCUCUCUACCUUGAAACUGACAUUUUUUAAAAAUGCAACUAAGUGGUUAAUAAAUAAUGUGUGAUGUUUGAAGUUAAUGUAAACUGGAAAGGUCGUGUGUGGUUGCUUUUUGUUUUUCAGUUAGGCUUGGUUUCAUUUGUUUUUUUAAUUUUUAUACUUUCAAAUAAACUUGCAGUUUCAUUCUU